ACUAAGCUAGGGAACGUAGAAGAGGCACUCCUUGAAACACUUCUGCUUAAACUAGCAUGAAAAUCUUAGCUCUUGCGCUGGCUUUCAGCCUUUUAAGCCUUUCCUACUGUAGUCUUUCGAAUGAAUAUCAAAACAGUGUCCAACUCGAUGAUCUGGGAAAAACAUAUAUGUUGUACUGGACCAACAAGCCAUCCGAUGGAAUGAUGYAUUUUGCCGUUGAAGUGAAGACGACUGGUUGGGUAGCCUUCGGAUUUGCAAAUAAAAUUGGAAUGAUGAAAGGGUACGACGUUAUGAUUAGCUAUAUAACUGACGGCAAUGAGAUUGAAUUCAAUGACUAUUUAACUAACGGACACAAACCCCCUACUGUGGACAGCUCACAAGACUACUAUCUUGUACAGACGGGCACAUCUGAAGUAAACGGCACUACCACAGUUCGCUUUAAAAGAAAGCUGAACACAGGAGACGACAAGGACAUUGUUAUUAAGCCUGGUAAAAUGUGGGUUGUAUGGGCUUACAGAAAGUACGACAACAUAAAUCAGAAGCACGACAAACGAGGGUACAAAGAAAUCACACUCAUUUCUGGAGGAACUAACACGCGUGCUGUUGGUUGGGUAUUACUGCUGACCGGACUGUUUAUUUUUUCCUUCCAGUAUUACAACUGAUUGAACCAUAUCUGUUAUAGUUUAGUUUGACUUUUUGCUAAAAUGUAGCAUAAAACCUACACAUUAUAGGUGUCAAGGUAUAUUCAGUAUAGGUUAGAGAACAGUCUUUAGAUCAAUUUUUACCAAAUGAAGUAAUCUUAAAAUAGGAAGUGCGUCACGUUUGAAAAUAAUCUAAUAUAAUGUGAAUAUUAUGAUUUUGAAGCAAUAUUUAAAUCUAAAUAAUGAUUACAAUUGUUUGAAUUAGCCUCCUUCGCAGGCUACUCCAUCGGAAACGGACAUAUUUCUCUUCUUGGUCUUCCUGUGUUCAUAUUCUUGACCGAGAAGAACUGGUGUCCAGAGAUUAGSAACCGCAGCUUUUUUGUCUUAACACAGAGUUGCCUGCGAAGGAGGCUAUGUUUGAAUAAUUUUUHUUUUCAUUUUUGAUAAGUGAUCAAUCAUUUGUUAAAAGGAGAUUGUCAAAUUAAAAUUAAAGAAAUGACGUCAUCACAUAA